UCUCUCUCUCUCUCGCUCCGUCGCCCCCCCUGCUGGCCACUGCACCUGCCAUUAAGCUGCAGCCUUGCACGUCAAGGGGAAGGGCCGGCUGCUUUCAAUUGCCUGGAAAAUUUGAUCUCUCCACACGCCCCCCCCCCCGGGCAAGAAUUUUUUCCAGCAAAAGUGGGAAUUGGCCAUCACAUGACCAAAAGAUGAAAAUCAUUUUCCAUGGAAAAUUUGGGAUGUUGAAAGCUUAAGAGCUGAUGUAUAAUGUUCAAAUGGCAUUAAUCCACUGAGCAGAUUGUGUUGGUCAAGGCAAGGAAGAAUAUAUAAGGAAUAGAAGUUUCUUCUUAUAGAAAUGCCACAGUAUUAUGACAUUGAUGAUAUUAUAGCAGAAGAUAAGCUUGUCCCUGCUGUGUUUCAAGUGGCAGCUAAUGGAGUUGGGCUCUUCGAUUCUAGUGAUGAAAUGAAUAAGGUAGAACAAGGUUCAAAGGUAGAGCUUCCGUUUUGGCUUGCCCGUGAGCUGCACCUAAGACAAGCAGCAUCUAUUAGUCUUCCCCCAUGUUUCAACCAAAAGACAAGAGAGGAAAUUGCAGCUGAUGCUGCACACGUGGAUUUAAGGAGUCGAUGUCAAUACUUCUAUGAAUUGGGACGCAAGUUAUAUUCACUAGUGGGAGAUAAAACCAUUGCAUUGCUGCUCUUAGCUGCAUUUAGGAUCCGGUAUAAGGAAGUCCUAAUCAGGUUGCAACCUGCAGCGUUGGCAGUGGCUCCUAAAUUCUUGACACUCUUGACAAAAGAGGAGACGAAAUUGUAUGAAGCCGCCCAAUCCUCAAUGGCUGCAUUUAAGAAGUGGAGAAUGGGUGGACCCAGAUUUCAGAAAGCAUCUGUUCUUGGGAGAAAAAGGAGACCCUCUGAUUAGUAGAUAGAUUUUUCUACUCUCAACUUCGACUUUUUAUCUGCUGGUAAUGGUGUGUGUAAUGAAAUUGAUCCCACUUUCCAGUUUCACUUUCUAUUAAGAGUUAAAAUGUAGCAUAAAUUAUUGCUA